AAUGUGAUUGAGUUUUGGUUAUCUCAUUUUUCUGAAGGACUGAAGUGAGUACAUUGGAUGGCAGGGAUGCAGGGCUCUGAAGUAACACCAAGCACUCUCUCAGGUGAUUGGGAUGGCUGUUUUUUGCUGACAUUUUUUUUAUCUAAAUGAUUGUUAUCCCCACCCCCCAACUAGAUUGAUGGUGCGCAGAGUAUGGGGAGAGUUCACCAGCCUCUAAAGCCUGGGGUGCAGGUCAUCUGGCUUACCUGGCUAUAUCUCACUUAAUCAUUACCUUACCACUUCAGGGUCGUUGGAUGUUGGUGCAUCUCAGUGCUUCCUGUUCUCUGGCUGUGGUGCAUAGACGUUUAGUCUCUAGUGGGCUGCAAAAUUUGAUUACAUACAAGGCUGUUGGGUCCUUGGAUCCCAGAGCUGACUUAUCCAGCCAGAGGGGAAAGAUUUUCAAAUUAAGGAAUGAAACUCACCACCUCUUUGUAGGGCUAUAUCCAGGGACUACCUAUUCGUUCACCAUCAAAGCCAGCACUGUGAAAGGUUUUGGACCUCCCAUCACAACACGGAUUGCCACUAAAAUUUCAGCACCAUCUAUGCCUGAAUAUGACACGGAUUCCCCCUUGAAUGAAACUGACACUACCAUCACAGUCAUGUUGAAGCCUGCACAGUCCCGUGGCGCACCUGUCAGUGUCUAUCAACUUGUUGUCAAGGAAGAGAGGUUGCAGAAAGCACGGAGGGCUGCAGACAUCAUUGAGUGCUUCUCUGUCCCGGUGAGCUACAAGAAUGCUUCCAGCUUUGACUCACCCCAUUACUUUGCGGCCGAGCUGAAGCCCAUCAACCUUCUCGUCACGCAGCCCUUUACAGUGGGCGACAACAAGACCUACAAUGGCUAUUGGAAUGCUCCUCUCUCACCACUGAAAAGCUACAGCAUCUACUUCCAGGCUCUCAGCAAAGCAAAUGGAGAGACCAAAAUAAAUUGUAUCCGACUGGCAACAAAAGGAGCUUCCACCCAGAAUUCCAAUGCAGUAGAGCCCGAAAAGCAGGCUGACAACACAGUGAAAAUGGCUGGGGUUAUAGCUGGCCUUCUGAUGUUUGUUAUUAUCCUCUUAGGAGUAAUGCUCACCAUCAAAAGGAGAAGAAAUGCUUAUUCCUACUCCUAUUACUUGAAACUAGCAAAGAAGCAGAAGGAGACUCAAAGCAGCACCCAGAGGGAGAUGGGUCCCGUUGUUGCUUCAGACAAGAACACCACCAAACUCAGUGCAGUUCACAAUGAAGAAGCUUUUUCUUCCAGCUGUCAAGAUGUUAAUGGAUUCACAUCAUCCUCUCCUUGUUCAUUUUCUGCCCAAAGCAAAACCCUUCAGAGCAAAACUUUGUUGAAUUCCUACUACUCAGUAUCAUCAGACACUGUUCCAUCGACCACGCUGCUAGGUAAGAAGACAGAGAGUAGCCAUGGGGAGAUGACCCAGCCAACAUUAACCAUCCAGACCCAUCCAUACCGGAGCUGUGAGCCAGUGGAAAUGUCCUAUCCCAGGGGACAAUUCCAGCCAGCCAUCCGAGUGGCCGACUUGCUGCAGCACAUCACCCAGAUGAAACGAGGACAGGGCUAUGGAUUUAAAGAAGAGUAUGAGUCUGUCUUUUACAGUUUGUCUUCACCCGCAUUACCCCCCUUCUCUCGACCAUCUGGCUCUAACGAUGACCUUCACACAUUAUCUCGAUCACACAGUCUUUCACAAAAUUCUUCAAAGGCUCUUCCUGAGGGGCAGACGGCAUCUUGGGAUACAGCCAAAGAAGAUGAAAACCGCAAUAAGAAUAGAUAUGGGAACAUUAUCUCCUAUGAUCAUUCGAGAGUGAGACUGCAGCUGUUGGAUGGAGACCCACACUCUGACUAUAUAAACGCCAACUACAUAGAUGGAUACCACCGGCCUCGACACUACAUUGCAACUCAAGGUCCCAUGCAGGAGACAGUUAAGGAUUUCUGGAGAAUGAUUUGGCAGGAGAAUUCUGCAAGUGUUGUCAUGGUCACCAACCUGGUAGAAGUUGGCAGGGUGAAAUGUGUUAGAUACUGGCCAGAUGACACAGAAGUCUAUGGAGAUAUUAAAGUCACUUUAAUUGAGACAGAGCCAUUGGCAGAGUAUGUCAUACGCACAUUUACUGUGCAAAAGAAAGGCUACCAUGAGAUCCGAGAGAUUCGGCAGUUCCACUUCACCAGCUGGCCAGACCACGGGGUUCCUUGCUAUGCCACAGGUCUCUUGGGCUUUGUUCGGCAGGUGAAGUUCCUCAAUCCGCCUGAGGCGGGGCCUAUAGUUGUGCACUGCAGCGCUGGUGCCGGAAGGACAGGAUGCUUUAUUGCCAUUGACAUCAUGCUUGACAUGGCAGAGAAUGAAGGUGUCGUAGACAUAUUUAACUGUGUGCGAGAGCUGAGAUCCCAGCGGGUCAAUUUGGUACAGACAGAGGAGCAGUACAUCUUUGUCCAUGAUGCUAUUCUAGAGGCAUGUCUCUGUGGCAACACAGCAAUUCCAGUUUGUGAAUUCAGAUCCAUAUAUUACAACAUCAGCAGACUGGAUCCUCAGACAAAUUCCAGCCAGAUAAAAGAUGAAUUUCAGACUCUCAACAUUGUGACGCCACAUGUUCGGCCAGAAGACUGCAGCAUCGGCCUCUUGCCAAGAAACCAUGACAAGAACCGCUGCAUGGAUGUGCUGCCCUUGGACCGGUGCCUCCCUUUCCUUAUCUCUGUGGAUGGUGAAUCGAGCAACUACAUCAAUGCUGCACUCAUGGAUAGCCACAAGCAACCUGCUGCCUUUAUUGUUACCCAGCACCCUUUACCCAACACUGUACCAGAUUUCUGGAGGCUCGUGUUUGAUUACAACUGCUCCUCCAUAGUGAUGUUGAAUGAAAUGGAUGCUGCACAGCUCUGCAUGCAGUACUGGCCAGAGAAAACAUCCUGUUGUUAUGGCCCAAUCCAGGUGGAGUUUAUUUCAGCAGACAUUGAUGAAGAUAUCAUCAACAGGAUAUUCCGUAUCUGCAACAUGGCCAGGCCCCAGGACGGAUACCAUAUAGUGCAGCAUUUGCAGUAUAUUGGCUGGCCAGCAUACCGGGACACCCCUCCAUCCAAACGCUCUCUCUUGAAGGUGGUUAGACGACUAGAGAAAUGGCAAGAGCAGUACGAGGGGAGAGAUGGACGCACUGUUGUCCACUGCCUGAAUGGCGGUGGACGCAGCGGCACCUUCUGUGCCAUCUGCAGCGUGUGUGAAAUGAUUCAGCAGCAAAAUAUCAUUGACGUGUUUCACAUAGUGAAGACGUUACGGAAUAACAAAUCCAAUAUGGUGGAGUCUCUGGAACAAUAUAAAUUUGUAUAUGAGGUUGCACUGGAAUACUUAAGUUCAUUUUAGCCUGGCAGAAUGAGUGGCCUAUUGGAUUCCAGAUUCCCAAGUCUGAAGGACAUUUUUCCCUGCACUAAAAGGCUGUAAUGGGUGUGGGGAGGUCCAGGCCAUCCACACUGGAGCAAGAAACAGACUCUACUGACCUCAAUGUGAUUGGGAGAAUGAAGCAAUCCCUGUGUUUGCUGCUGCCUGCUUUCUAUUGGAGCAUCUACUGCUUUUUAAAUAACCUAAUGUACAAAUUGGCAAAGCAGGAGAUGGGCUGGAAGACUGCUUUCUAAUCCCCUCCAACCUCUUCUCUACCAUUUUGGAUGUGUAUUUUUGCUCUCCUUGAUACAAAGGAAAAAAUACUGGAAUAGUCUGUAUUUUAAACAACCUUCUGUUCUCAAAUCCCAUCCUUUAAUUUUUUAAUUUCAUGCAUCAGCCAUUUGGAAAAAUUAGAAAACCACAGGGAACAAGUGAGACUUUUGAUUACAAUUAAUCCACAUAAUCUAUUUUUUUUCAAGUGAAAAUGCCAUCAAUGAGAAGUUGAAAUUCUCCUCCUCCCUUCUGUUCUCCCUAGACAUAUAAUGUAUGGAUGUAGUGGUGGAUCUCUUAGGAAGCUGUUCAUGGAUCAGCUGCAUCAACUGCUACACUAGCUUUUCUUUCCAUAUCCUGCUUGACUUCCAAGACUUUAAAUGGACUGGUUACAUCUCUGUGAUUCAUGGUAGUGUCAGUGCUGGAAAAGCCAAUAAGAAAAAUGAGUUUCACAGCCAUUUGAGCAAACAAGCCCUCCAUCAAAUCAAUUGCAUUUGGUUUGUAAUUUUGGUCAUUUUUACCACGUGUUUUUCAAGCAUUGGCUUGGGGUAUAGUGUCUCUUUAAUAAGAAGAGCAUAAAGUGGAUACCUGUGGAUGAUGUAUUAUAGAUCAUUACUGUAGCAUCUAGUCAUGGAUCACAAUCCUAUUGUGCCAGGUACAAACACAGAAAAGAAAGAUGAUCCCUUCCUCUGAAUGUAAGCACAUGUCUACAAUGCAGCUAAUUAGGAUUUUACCUGAGUUUUAGACCAAACCCCAUGUCCAGCAUCCACACCUAAAAACCUCUGAUGUGAUUAUGGAGAACCCAGGCUGCCUGACCCAGCUGGGGGGGUGGAUUAGAAUGCAGGCUCCACUUUAACUGUUUCCAAAACCGGACUACUUUGACUUGAGAAUUCAGACUAAAUUGCUGCUGAGCUAACAGGUUCUCUACACCCCUACGCAAGAGGGGAGGACAGAUCCUCCUUCCCUGAAGGGGCAUGGCCUCAGAUGGAAGGGCCGGGGCAACUGGCCUCAGCGCAGCCUGGACCCCACACACAUACCCCUAGCACUGUCUGAAGCAUGCCAUGAUCAAACGAUUAAAUCAUUGGCAGUGAUUUAAAGGGCCCAGGCUCCUGUCCACAGCAACAGUAGCCACAAACCUCAGGCCCCUUGGAAUUGUUGGGUCUCAGAGUAGUUGCCCCCUUUGCCUGCCCACCUGUCCUCCCUCACCCAGGUCAAUGGGCCUGGCUGAUAGCCCUCCAAUGCCCUGCUCACAAUUCCCCCCUCAGGACAGAAAGUUCUUCUGCAACUAACACAACUGAUUGGGAAAGACUCUCAGGCUACGUCUACACUGGCGCGUUCUCACGCAAAAACUCUUCCAGAAGAGAGUGUC